CACUCCAUCCACACCUAAAUACCUUUCAAUUUCCAUGCAACUGGCCCUAUCACUCACAAACAAGAACCUCUGCAGACUGCAGACCUCAGUGAUCCGAACCCAGUACCCACUACACUCAUCCUCUUCAUCUUCUGCAACCCAGCUUUCCGGCGGCUCCAAUGGCUUCCCUCUCGAUUGGGGCCCACUUGCCUCCAUCCCACCACCACCAUUUCACGAAGCGCUCCCUCCCCUUUGUCUCUAAGACCCACAGCUUAUUUCCUUAUCUGCCUUGCUUCGGCUCGUCUCUGCGUGGAAUUCGAGGUUCCAGAUUGCUCGGCAAUGGCGUGCUGGCCAGAGCUGAGGACAAAGCACGAGAUUCGAGGUCUUCUUCUUCUCCUUCAGCUCAGCAGCAGAAAGUUAAAUCCAGCUCCGACAGAGAGUUGCAGGAGUUGAACCCAAGUUCUGGAUCAUGUGAUCCUUUAUGUUCGGUUGAUGAAACGAGCUCACAAGAAUUUGAAGCCAGUUACCGGCCAAAAACUGAUUUGCUGAAAGCUAUUGCAGUAUUUGCCGCAGCUGGAACAGGGGCAGUGGCAAUUAACCAUUCCUGGGUUGCUGCUAAUCAGGACGUUGCCAUGGCAUUGCUGUUUGGAAUAGGAUAUGUGGGCAUCAUUUUUGAAGAAUCUCUGGCCUUCAACAAAAGUGGAGUAGGUUUGUUAAUGGCUGUGAGCUUGUGGGUAGUAAGAAGUAUUGGGGCUCCUUCAACUGAUAUAGCUGUUUCAGAAUUACAACAUGCAUCUGCUGAAGUCAGUGAAAUAGUGUUUUUCUUGCUUGGUGCAAUGACGAUUGUGGAGAUAGUUGAUUCGCAUCAAGGAUUUAAGCUGGUUACUGAUAAUAUAACCACUCGAAAGCCAAGGAUGCUCCUUUGGGUGGUGGGUUUUGUGACUUUUUUCCUUAGUUCAAUUCUUGACAACCUGACGUCCACCAUUGUCAUGGUUUCUUUAUUGCGAAAGCUAGUUCCUCAGUCAGAAUUUCGCAAGCUUUUAGGAGCUGUUGUUGUCAUAGCCGCAAAUGCUGGUGGUGCAUGGACUCCCAUUGGUGAUGUUACCACUACUAUGCUGUGGAUACACGGUCAGAUAUCCACGUUGGAGACAAUGAAGACCUUGUUUAUACCUGCAGCCGUUUCUCUUGCUGUUCCUUUGGCGCUUAUGUCCCUGACUAGUGAAGUAAGCGGGAAAGGACCAGACACGUCCAUUGUCAUGGCAUCUGAACAGAUGGCACCUCGGGGACAGCUUGUUUUCUCUGUAGGUAUUGGAGCUUUGGUUUUUGUUCCAGUGUUCAAGGCCCUAACUGGGUUGCCUCCUUACAUGGGUAUGCUUCUGGGACUCGGAGUCCUUUGGAUUCUGACUGAUGCUAUACAUUAUGGUGAAUCGGAAAGACAGAAGUUAAAAGUGCCGCAGGCUUUGUCAAGGAUUGACACUCAAGGAGCCCUGUUCUUCCUUGGCAUCCUAUUGUCAGUUAGCAGCCUGGAGGCAGCAGGAAUUCUUCGGGAAUUAGCGAAUUACCUGGAUUCUCACAUUCCCAAUAUUGAACUGAUUGCAAGUUCAAUAGGAGUAGUAUCGGCAAUUAUAGACAAUGUUCCACUGGUCGCUGCAACUAUGGGGAUGUACGACCUCACUUCCUUUCCCAAGGAUUCUGAGUUUUGGCAGCUGGUUGCAUAUUGUGCUGGUACUGGUGGCUCCAUGUUAGUUAUUGGUUCUGCAGCUGGGGUUGCUUUUAUGGGGAUGGAAAAGGUGGACUUCUUCUGGUACUUGCGGAAGGUGAGUGGUUUUGCUUUUGCCGGUUAUGCCGCUGGUAUCGCUGCCUAUUUAGCAGUUCAAAACCUCCACAUCUCCCUACCGACUACAGUAGCUCAGGUUCCUUUCAUUUCUGGUUCAUGAAUUGGAACUUCUGAUGAUGCAGUCCAUACUUCGACAUGAGUGUUGUUCACAUUAGAUUGCAAGUGAUUGUGGACGGUGAAUGAGCAAUAGAGCGAUGAUUCUCACUUACAAUUUAUAAAAAUUAUUUCAUGUGUUUGAGGAAAUAAGAUUCAUGCGACGAUGAGUUCAACGAGAUUUGUAAGAGCUUUUAGGGAAGACACUACUUCCUUGCACAGAAAUAAACAAUCCCAACUUCAAAUGC